UUUUCCAAAAAAGGAGUCUCAACUUAUGGUUAUCGAUGAAAGCUUCAACGACAGUUUUGAGUUUUUUGCUGUUGCUGGCAACACAGACAAAUGUUGUGAGGCUAUCAGUCACAGGAUGAUAAAUACUACAGUACUACCAAACUUCAAACAUAUUGAUGAUAAAUUAAUAAAAGCUCAAAUAUGGGACACAGCUGGUCAGGAACGCUACCGCGCCAUCACGUCGGCCUACUACAGAGGAGCAGUUGGAGCUCUCUUACGCUUUUUAUGUUUCCGUGACAAAUACCAUUGCAUUCCAGCCAAACAAGGUACGUUUGACUCGUGUGAACGAUGGCUUCGAGAGUUGCGGGAGUAUUCCAAUGAAAGCGUAUCGGUUAUGUUGGUCGGGAACAAACUUGACCUACGACAUUUUCGCGCUGUCCCAACUGAAGUCGCGUCGAAAUUUGCCGAAAACAACAAUCUUUCCUUUAUAGAAACGUCAGCACUGGACAGCACAAAUGUCAACGAAGCUUUCACGGCGAUUCUGACUCAAAUAUACAAAAUGGUGGCGAGCCGACACGUGAACGUUAACUAUGAUUCAGGACCGAAAGCGGAUCUAACAAAACCAAAGAACGAAAGAAAAUGUUGCCCAGUAAACUGAUA